AAACACACGCACCCGCUUCAUUGCAGAUGCAGCACGCGCUCGCAUAGAAGAACAACACGAGCAAAAGUUCAUUCAAAAUAAAAUUGUGAAUUUAAUCUUCCUCGGUCCAAGACUGGAUUUAUUCGAGUUAAGAGUUAGUCUCAACAGGAGACAGAAGCGAUGGAUGUCCAGCAGCAGGAUGAAGGGCGGGACAACACACAGCUCACGACCCCGGAGAAUUCAAGUCAUGUCCACACAGCACAACCAAAGGCCACUGGAAGACCUCAAGAGAUGACAGGUCCUGCAUCAUCAGAGAUGCUCUGCGCUGAGCAUAACCUGGAUCAUGGAGAUAGCAGCGAGUCUCUAACAGACGCUGUCAUAACCAAUGAUGAUGCUUUACUGCUUCCAGACCAUAUACCUACAAUUUCACACAGAAUAGAGAAAGAAAAGUCAAAACUUCACAACGGCUCUCCUUCUUCGGUCACCAAUGGAUCAGCUGUCGUGUGCACGCCACCGUCAGGAAGAACCAAAACUCGUACAGCAACGCCGCAGACGUGCAAUGGACAUACAAAGAGCAACGGACACAGACACCGGCACGCAAAACACACGCCUUCCACCUCCAACAGUCAGAAGAGCUUUAAAGGCGACGCCUCUCAGAUACAAAGAGUCGCAGGAGAUGAUUGCUGUGCACACUGUAUACUGGCGUGUCUAUUCUGUGAGGUGAUGUCGUGUUGUUCUGUGGUGGCUCAGUGUUUGGCCUGUGGUCUGGAGUGUGAUGCUCUCUGUUGCUGUGGAGAAGCCGCCUCCGGUGGUCUCUGUGUGUGCUGCGGUGAGGAUACCUGCUCCGCACUGUUGAAUUGUGGGAUACUGGAGGAUUGUUGUCAGUCGUCCGAGUGUCUGGAGAUCUGUUUGGAAUGCUGCUCUAUCUGUUUCCCAACCUAGAACUAAACCAGCCGACAGAAGGAUAUCGAGUGCUCAUAAGACUUUAUAAACAAACCGACGACGGACGAAUGCUGACUUUGCUCAUGCUGUGUUGUUAUGCAUUUUGUAUUCAUUUAGUGGAAAAGAUGAAUUUGCUGCUUAGAACAAAAUCUGACGGUAAGGCCUUAAAGUGGAUGUGUGUCAUUUUAAUGUUAAUAUCAAAGCUUAAUAUGCAGAGACAAAUACUCCCUGUGUUCACCAGACGUCAUGUUGCGGCCUCAUGUCCGGAGUAGACAGGGUGUGCAGUUUUUUUUACCAAAAUUACAGAUAAAUCAACAGGUCUCUGAUGCACUUUUUAAUCAUUGCUUUGUUUGUUUAAGCAUCCUGGCAACAUUGCCUCCACCCAUGGUGUGAAUUCAGAACAUCAAAGUCUUUAUUUACUGCGACUAUUGUAGAAAUUCACCUUUCAUGUUGGUCACCCAUUUAUUUGCAACCAAAAAUGUCUGAAAAUGGGAAGGUAACAGAGAUCAAGAGAAAAGCAUUCAGCAGCCACCACCACCAACGUCCAGCCCGACACAGACUGAAACUUUCUUUUCUUUAGACAUUAAACGUUUUGAAGGAAAUAAUGACUUUGUUUACUUCGAAAAAAAAUUAUAGUUUUCUUCCAGGAAGCUAGUGCCAAAUGAUUGCUCUUAAGAAAAAAUGUGAUAUAAAUCCUUUUUGGUUACAUACUGUACUCGUGUGCAUGUAAGCUAAGAAAUGCCCUUUUACUGCAUUAACAAUCACUGUGAUAUUUUCAUGCUGAAAUGUUUUAGAGAAUAAGUUCCUGGAACAUUUUCUGUAUAACAGGAUCAAACGCAUUUCAGUUUUGUAUUAAAGUCAUCUUUUUAAAUACA